CCGAGUUCAUUUGCCUUCGGGAUUUACUGUUUCCAUAAUAUUACUUGUUAAGGAAAUUUAUUUAUCAAAAUGUGGCAACAGGCGCCGUGUAUAUCAGCCGGCUUGCUAUGCCUCCUGCUGGCUUUGGCAGCGGCAGAAGUGAAGCCUCCCUCGACAUCCCUCAGGAACGCCCACCAUGACCCCCGCGUCACCGCCGACCGGAAGAGCUUAGAAGGUGCCUUCGAACUCGUGCCGGCGGAAAGUUACGGUUACGGCUACAUGCGGCCAUAUUACCCACCGCCCAUUUACGGCGGCUACGGGGGUUAUGGUGGUGGAUAUGGAGGCGGUUACGGGGGAUACGGCGGAGGAUACGGCGGCUAUGGCACGUCAAAUUACGGCUACCCGCCCUACGGAGGUUACGGAGGGGGCUACGGCUACCCAAUCUAUCCACCUUACGGGGGCUAUGGCGGUUACGGCGGCGGAUAUGGCGGCGGGUAUGGUGGUAGUUACGGCCGGUCGGGACGUUAUGGUGGUUACGGCGGCGGUUACGGAGGUUACGGUGGCUACGGUGGUGGCUAUGGCAGUGGUUAUGGCGGAUAUGGCUAUUAAUUAGCUCCGUGUCAGCACAUUCAUGAUUGUUUUUCUGUUGACAAUGUUGAACGUCAGUAGUUGGACCAAAGUGACAGCGAUGACCCCAGUGAACGUAUAGAAUUUUCUGGAUCCACCCAUUUGUACAGUACAGUGUUAUCAACGGCUGCAUUGCUCAAUGCGACUUCCAUCGAAGUCUCUCGUUGCAGAACUUGAUGGAGAACAAAGAAAAAAUAAAAUGUGA